AUGUGCACGUCUACGGCUGUUGUUUUUGUGGAAACGGAGACGCUUACGCAGGCGCAGAAAGUGGUGCAGGAGCACCACGGAAAGCACUUCCUGCAAAUCGACGGGACGGCUUACCCACUGCCGAUUCUAUUGGAGGACGGAGCAACGGAGAUGCGGCUGCAUGAGCUACCCCCACCUAAAACACCGGUGGCACCACCAGUGAAAGCGCCAACACCGAAGGCACCGGCGGCAGCACAGAAGGCUCCGGCCAUAGCACCGAAGGCUUCGACUGCAGCACUGAUGCCUCCAACGGAGACACCGAAGGCUCUGGCCGUCGCACUAAAGGCUUCGACUGCAGCACCGAUGGCCCCGACAGAGAAACCAAAGACUCCGGCCGUGGCAACGAAGGCUACGCCUGCAGCACCGCCAGAUCCUGAUAUUAAAGGUAAGCGCAAAAACGACGACGAAACGGAUAGCGAUGCGUCUAACGCGUCGAUCGGAGGAACGGUUAAGCGCAAGCCUGGCCGUCCACCGAAAAAUCCGAAAACACUAACACAAACAGACAUACACAUUGGGGAGUAA